CAGAAGGAUGCAAGAGUCGCUAUUGAAGCUGCCAAACUGGCUAUGCCAUGAAGGAUCCUCGGGAUUACCGUCGGGGUGGUUGAAAUGCCCGCCAAAAUACCAAAAAAAUGGAUUAGAAGUGACAGAAGCGAAAUAUAAAGAAUGUUCAUACAGCAAAUUCAAUCCAUACUAUGACAUAUUUGAUACUAUCCUAGUGACAGCUUAUCGUGAGUAUCAAUCCAUGGGCGUACUAUAUAUUAAUAAGCCCAGCAGCUUGAUAUAAAUCUGCUAUUAGACCUGCAAUACACAGCGGUCUUCUUCCUCUUACUUUGUGGGAUUUUGCACUGCUCUCGAUACGAGCAUGGCUGAUGCUCCUUUUCCUCCCAACUUACUGCCCGAUGAGGCGAGCCCUGAAUGGAUGAACAAAGGCGACAAUGCCUGGCAACUCACUGCCGCCACUCUCGUCGGUCUCCAGACUGUUCCGGGGCUGAUCAUCCUUUAUGGAGGUGCAGUGAAGAAGAAAUGGGCUGUGAAUUCAGCUUUCAUGGCGUUCUACGCCUUCGCCUGUGUCCUUAUCUGCUGGGUGGGGUGGGGAUAUAGAAUGUCGUUUGGGACGAAGCUUGUUCCAUUUUGGGGGAAGGCUAAUUUUGCCUUGGACCAAGUUUAUCUCCUGGACCCGGCCUUUGUUGGGAAGUUCCCACAGGCGACAAUGGUGUUUUUUCAAUUCGUUUUUGCAGCGAUCACUUUGGUUUUGAUUGCGGGAGCCUUGUUGGGGCGGAUGAAUUUUUACGCGUGGAUGUUGUUUGUGCCCUUGUGGCUGACGUUUUCAUACACCUUUGUAGCAUUUAGUAUAUGGUGUCCAUCAGGUUUUCUCGCUAAGGCUGGGAUUAUAGACUACUCUGGUGGAUAUGUGAUCCAUUUGUCUUCUGGGGUUGCUGGCUUCACUGCAGCAUACUGGGUUGGUCCUCGGCUAACCAAGGACAGAGAAAGGUUCCCUCCUAACAACAUCCUUCUUAUGAUGGCUGGGGCAGGAUUGCUGUGGAUGGGUUGGACAGGGUUCAAUGGCGGGGAUCCUUAUGUAGUGAGUGUCGAUGCUUCGUUGGCUGUCUUGAACACGCAUGUGUGCACUGCCACUAGCCUGCUCACAUGGCUAAUCCUCGACAUUGCGGUCUUUGGAAAAGCUUCUAUAAUUGGUGCAGUGCAAGGCAUGAUCACUGGCUUGGUUUGCAUCACACCUGCAGCUGGGGUUGUACAAGGAUGGGCAGCCAUAAUCAUGGGGAUUUUCUCAGGCUCCAUUCCCUGGUUCACCAUGAUGGUUGUCCACAAAAAAUCUGAGCUCCUUCAGAAAGUGGACGAUACAAUGGCUGUUCUGCAUACUCACGCCAUUGCUGGAAGCCUUGGAGGAAUCCUGACCGGUCUAUUUGCUUCCCCAAAGCUUAACCGUUUGUUCUAUGGCUACGAUGUUGGUGUAGAUUCCACUUAUGUUGGCCUAUUUUAUGGCCUUCACAUGGGAGAAGUCAGUAAGGGAUUCAGGCAAAUUGGAAUUCAGCUUCUGGGGAUUGUGUUUGUGCUUGUGUUUAACGUCAUAGCCACAAGCCUAAUAUGUCUUGUGGUGCAACUCAUCGUGCCCCUGAGAAUGUCUGAUGAGGAUAUGGAGAUUGGGGAUGAAGCAGCUCAUGGGGAGGAGGCCUAUGCUAUCUGGGGUCAAGGUGACAAGCUUGAGAACUCAAGGUAUGGGAGUUCAGUCUACGGUGAUGUUGAAGUGCCUAUGCCCAAGCCCAGGGGAGCUGGCCAAGUUGAGAUGACAUGAGACAUGAGAAUGUGUUCCAGGUUUUCGGAAAUUGGCAGACUUGAUCGAUUCAAUAAGAGCCCUCAAAGUAACUUCUGUAUCUGUGAUGUUGCCCAAUCAAUUGAUUGAACUCUGUUUACUUCUUUCUGUUUGUGCUAAGAACUUGCAUGAAUCCUAUUUAUAUGUUCUUUCUUUGUAGCCUUGUUCUUGAAUGAAGUUCCAAUCUCAUUUGCCUUUUAUUUUGUCAA